CUUUGUUUCUUCUUCUUCUUCUUCUAAACCCAUCAACCAAACCACUCUCCCCAUCUCUCUCUCUCUCUCUCUUCCUCUCUGCGCUAAGCAGCCCACUUUGUGUUUUCUACAAAUCACCAUCAAAUUCAGCAGUUCCAAUUCCAGCAAUGGACUCUACAUUCUUCAACAGCAGCAACAGCAACAGCAACAGCAGAAGCAAGCAGUUUAUGAGCGAUCAAGAAGAGAACGACAAUACUACCAGCUCCACACCAGAAAAUAGCUCAGGCUCUCCUCCUCCACCUUCUACCAAUUUCAGUGACUUCUCCAAGAUCACUUCCACCUCCUCCCCCAAGAAAAGUGCUCGGCGAGCCAUACAGAAACGAGUGGUGUCGAUACCCAUCAAAGGCGACAACAGCAACACUCCGCCUCCAUCCGAUUCUUGGGCUUGGAGAAAGUACGGCCAAAAACCCAUCAAGGGCUCGCCUUACCCCAGAGGAUAUUACAGGUGCAGUAGCUCAAAGGGCUGCCCGGCAAGGAAGCAAGUAGAGAGAAGCCGCGUGGACCCCUCCAUGCUCGUCAUCACCUACUCCUCCGAACACAACCACCCCUGGCCCGCUUCUCGCAACCACCACAACCAUCACCAGAGCAACAGCUCGAGCUCCGCCGCAGCCGCCGCCACCACAACCAAACCCGGCUCCAACAAGACCGAAGCCCCGGAGGCCCAGCAGCCCGAGCACCAAGACCACGACCCGACAUUCGCGGAUCUCAACGACGAGUCGCUCCUCACACACGACGAGUUCGGCUGGUUCGCCGACAUGGAAACGACGUCGUCGACGGUGCUCGAGAGCCCAAUUUUCGCCGAGAGCGGCUGCGCUGGUGGGGCCGACUCCGCUGACAUGGCAGCGAUGGUUUUCCCGAUGGGGGAAGAGGACGAGUCUCUCUUCGCUGAUCUGGGUGAGCUGCCGGAGUGCUCUCUCGUUUUUCGGCACCGGGGAGUGGGACCACAAGUUCAGAUCUGUUGACACGUGUCAUCCUCUAGAAGGCCUCCAAUUUUUUCUCUGUCCUUUUUCACACACUCUCUCUCCCUCCGUAUAUACAAGAGUUUUGUCAUUUCUGUCAUUCAAACGCGUAUCGUGCGCCAUAAGAUACCCGAAACCCCUUUUUUUUUUCUUUUUUCUUUUUUUCUUGUCAACAUUUUUCUGAUUUUAGUUUUUUAUUUUGUAGCAAUAAAAUUAUUUUUGCCUUGAUUUUAGCGUAGUGAUUAAUGAAUAAACAAACUGUUAAUCUGAAUCUGUCGUGAUGUGUGUGUAAUUAGCAUAUUU